AUGAGUGUGAGUGCCACCCACACUCUCUCACCUUUGCCCCUUGCCUUCUCGCAAGACCGCAAAUGUGACUUUUUGUAUAAGAGCAAGACACACGGAGAGAUUUAGACCGUAAUUGUCAGCCCCAACCGCCUCUUCACUCAUCCUCCUAACCAUCUCCACUAGUUUCCCCCACGCUCACUCCUCCAAUCCUCUGUGACCCACCGCAUUGCCGCCCUGCUUCGUUGUGCAUCAACAGGACACGAUGAAGUUUGUUGUCGCUUCCAUCAUCGCUGCGGCGCUCGGCAUCGCCUCCACAACCCACGGCGCACCCACUCUACCAACGUGAGUAAGAGAAUGCUCCCCCCCAUCUUUUCGCUGCUUUGCACAGAAGAUUGUCGUGCUGCUGACCCCACCACGAGUCUCGUUUCAUCUGAGCACAGCACCGGACCUCUCCCCAAUUCGUACUACUCUCUGCAAUACCAAGACAAUCUGGUCAAGAAUCAACGCAAUAUAGCCGGUCAACCUUUCGCAAAGUACUUUCGACCCGAUCUCUUCCUCUACAAGGAAGCCAUCGAUGCCGGAAAGCAAUCGUUGAACUGCAACACUCAAGCCUUGAAGCAAGAUCUUUCGGAUAUUCGUCGUUUGCAAACGCCCAUCACCAACGAACUGCCUGGAGAGAGCGGUUGGUGCUCUUACCCCGAUGGUGGAGGCUACGUAGCAAGCAAGACUUACUGGCCAGGCGUGACUGGCGAAAUGAUCACCUGGUGGUUCUGGUGGCAUUCGGCCGCAAGCGUUCGUUAUUCCCUCUGGCAUCCUUGGGGACACGUCUCCAUCGACUCGACCUACAAGGACAGACUGGACAAUCCCAAUCUCUUGAACCAACAAAAAUACAUCGGUGCGGUUCAUCAUAUCAACGAAAUCAUCGGAGAUCAAUUGCUGCCCAUUGAUAUCCAUUUCAAAAAUGUCAGCGAUAUCGGAUUGGAUCCGACUCAAUUGAAGCCCAACGGUAUCGUCGCUUCCGCAUCCGGCGAGAUCUACGCUCAAGGAACGCCGUUGAAGAUCGCAAACAUGUAUCACUUUUGGCACGAAGUUCCCGGCGGUCUGAUUUUGCGUUCGCGCUACUUUUUGGGGAACAAUGUUCAAGUGCAGAUUCCUAUUCUGGGUCAAUUCCUUCCCAUCAACCAGAUUGCCGCCUUGCUGGGCAUCAAAAACAUCAUCGCAGUUAGACCUCUUUCUCUGCAGCAAUUCUUCCACGACUCGCAGGAGAUGACUCAUUUGGCUUCCAUCCUGCCCGACCUCUUCAAAGAGUACGGUCAGCUCAACAAGUCAGGAGGCACUUUCUAA